AUGGCCUCUCAAUUGCAACAGAAUGAGAGAAACUUGCUCCGCCUGCCCAUCGAAAUUCUCGCUGAGAUCGUCAAAGAACUGCGUUUCAUUGAUGUUCCCUUUAACACCGAGUACCCGGACAUUAAAAUACAGAAAGAGACAAACCAGAACCUGAAGUCUCUGCGAUUGGCGCAUAGAACAUUCGCAGAGUGCGACGACUUGAACACUAUUCUAUUCAGCAAUAUUGUACUGGAACCUACGCGUGCUGCGCUCACGAGUCUUCAGCGUGGUGACUUCUCUCGCGUCGCUCGUCAUGUGCAUUCUGUCACGUUCACGACACCACCCAGCUGGACGCUUCCAUACAAAGCGUAUGAGAAGAUGCUCCGCAGUUUACAGGACUCAUCUGUCCUCUUUUGGCCUGAAGGGCUAAAGUCCGCAUAUGAUGCAUAUAUGAACGAUGCUAGAGAUACGCAGGCAUUGCUUGAAGAUCCAGAGGGUGAGCUUAAGCAAGCAUGGACAGGAAUUCUCAAGACUUUGGGAGACCGCCUUGAAAAGGUGAAGCUUCUAAGCUAUGAUUGUGAGAAGAUUCGCCAGGUCAAGUAUCUUGACGCUCUCAGCAAGGAGGACAUCGGCAUGUCGUGGCAGCUUCCUCGACAUGACCAUAAAGAAGACGAAUGGGCGAGAUUUGAGCUCCGCGACGAGAAUUCUGAGCCUACUGUUGAGUACCAUUGCAAGCACGCUACAGCUGUCACAGGUGACAAGCUCAUCGCCAUGGUGUUUACAUGCCUGGCAGCGUCGGGCGUUGCUAUCCCAAAUCUCAACAUCCAGUUAUUCAUGACCGGUGAUGUCGAGUGCAAGGACAUCCCCGGCUGGGAAGAGCUCGAUUUUAGCAAGCUCAAGAUCCUUCAUAUCUCUCCCGAGAUCCCUUCUGGUGAGAAUGGUCUCGUUGAGAGACACCUUUGGGCUAUGUCGGACUCGCACGCCGAGAAGAUGAAGAUCAAGUCCGGCGACUUCUGUCACGAUCUACUGGACAAGUGCCAUUCCAGCAUACAGCACUUCGCCUAUGGCAUAGAUCAUGUCGGGAAGGGUGUUCUCUGCUGGCCAAUUCGAAGGCCCAGCCAUGACUUCCCGGAGCUUACUCACCUGACCCAAAAGGGCAACAUUUUCCCUCAAGCCCUUGCACACUGGCUUCUGCAUUUCAAGAGUCUGCAGCAUCUCGAGGUAUCUGGUAAAGUCUGCCGAGGACCAGCCGACGUCGACUGGCGCUUUGUCUUUAGUGCGAUACGCGAACACCCCAACGUAUCAGGCGAGACCCCGAAGGGUCUUAGGGUUGACCUUGAUGACCUCCACAUGGAGGGUAGCGUUUCUUACAGCGGUGUUAUUUGCAAGGAUGCCAGCAUUGCUACGAAGAGACAUGAGCGCGAUAUGAGUCUCGAACACUACCAAGAUGUGAAUUAUGGUAUGGAAGCUCACUUUUAUGGUGAGAUGCCUCUUGGAGAAAACAAAGCGCUGUUAUACCAUAUGGGUCGAUGGGAGCCGAGGGAUGAGGAGGAUGAGAGCGAUUCUUGA